CUUUUUAAAUCGGACAUAUUAAAAGACAUGUGCAUAUUUUAUUGUUAUUUCUACAUCGGUGGCGUUAUGCUCUAAUUUUACUUUAUUAUUGACUAUUGGUAUAAAAGUGUGAGAGGAACCGAAAUAAUGGCUGGCCAGCAACAUCCAUUUCCAUCUGGAUUUCCAAGUGUCCAACAAUCUGCAAUGAGGACACAAUUUGGAGGAGGCCAAAUGGUGUCUGGCUUAAUGGCUCAACAACAAGGUAUGGUGGGUCAACAACAAUUUGGAGUUGGUGUAGGAGUCGGAGUUGGAGUAGGUGGAGUAGGCACAAAUACUAUGGGGAUGCCAAGUGCUCAACAAGUAUUGGCACAACAGCAACAACAACAGUCAGUUGCGAUGCAACAACAAGUACAGCAGAUGCAGCAGCAACAAUUGCAGUUGCAACAGCAGCAGCAAGCAGGAAUGGUGCAACAGAACAAUCAAACGAGUAACCAAGCUACAACACCACAAACUCCUGUGCCACCAACACAACCACCAUCUCAACAACAGCAGCAACAGAACAAAGAAUUUAAUACUGCUAGCCUGUGCAGAUUUGGUCAAGAAACCGUGCAAGACAUUGUCAGCCGCACUUUAGAAGUUUUCCAAACAUUGAGAGUCCUUCAGCCUCCUAAUGGUAUGGCACAAGGAGCAAGUUUAGCUAACGAAAAGAAGAAUAAAGUACAAGACCAACUAAGGACACUCAAGUUACUAUUUAGACGUUUAAGACUGAUUUAUGAGAAAUGCAAUGAAAAUUGCCAGCUUCAGGGUAUGGAAUAUACGCACAUAGAAAGUCUGAUUCCUUUAAAAGAGGAGUGGGACAUGAAAUCUGAUGAGAAAAAGACAUCCGAAGCUUACAGACUUGCUUGUGAAGAAAGUAAAGAAAUUAUGGAGCAAGUGGUACUAAAGAAUAGGCAUCUAAAGGAAAUCAUCGAUCAUUUGAGACGCAUCAUCUCAGAAAUAAAUACGAUGUUGAAUAUGCGUAGAUCUUAAUUGAAAAAUGUACAUAAAUAUUUAUAUAAGUUAUUAAGACACGUUUGAAAAUAAAUAUAUUCUUUCCUAUUUAAUGUCAC